GGAGCAAAAGAGAGAGAGAGAGAGAGGACGAGAACGAGAGAAGCAGAUGGGGGGAGGGAGAUAGAGAGAGAGACAGCGGCCGCUACACUUAGCUAUUUCAUUACCUUCACUCGAUCCUUGGCCGCAGUGUACACGGAGCCGCGACCACGUUUCGUCCGCGCGUCGAUCCUCGGUCGCGAGAACGAUAUCGAUCUCGCGCGCGCGCACAUACACGAGACGCGGAUGAAUCGUGCGUGAAACGCAUAGUGAACUCCCGAACGAAGGCUUUCUCGCCGAAGGCCGCGAAGGCGGUGGAUACGAUCCCACGGGAUUCCGCGGGAACAGGUGAGGACGAGCGCGGGUACACCUACCUACGAGGUGCUGGGACCCUGGGAGAUCGUAUGUUCCUUGUCCUGUCGCGAGUCUUCCGUUCUUCAGCUCGCACCAGUCGGGAAAUUUGCGCGAUAAAUCACAGCUCGGUAAAUCGCACGCUGUUCUGGUCUUGCAGAGGAGGAGAGUCCGUAAGGAUGUCGCGGAAGAUCGGUGUCUACGUUAGCGUACUGCUCGUCCUGCUGCUCCAGCUGACGGCAUCGACCAUGGUCCUGCCGAGGCCACCCUCGUCGCUCAAUCACAUCCGUCAUGACCAGCGGGAGCUGUCCUCGCGGAAAGCGGUUGAGGGCAAGUCUCUGCACGGCGUCUCGCGGAACAUCGACGCGGGGAGGCCCGAUACCGAAGACUACAGGCUCCUCGAGAUCGAGCUGCAGAGUGCGGAGGAGAUGGACGCGACGAACCUGCAAGGCCUGGUGCGCGCGAUGCUGAAGCAGCAGCAGAGCGAGCAAACGCCCAACGACAGUUACCCGAACCCCGAGGUGAUCCCGCACUCGAUCCUCGGCGUCCGGGACAUGGGGCUGAGUCCAAACUAUCGCUUGGACACCUUCGACGACGACAAACGCGUCUUGCUGAGUCCACCGAAGCUGCAGAGCCUCGACGAGAAGCUCUACUACCUGAAGAGCGGUCGGCCGAAGGUCUACGUGAACGUGCGAGGGAACAGCGGCUCUUUCCGCAAAGGAGAGACCGCGUCGCCUACCGCAACUUCGAGCGAGGGCCCGGUGGGCUACCUCAGGGUGACGCGACCCUUCGAGAGGCAGACCGACCGGAAAAUUCGAGACAAAAAGGCGCGACCACCUAAGAAAUUCGAUCGUCGCGUCGACGGGAUCGUCCUGGGGGAUGAGCAGGUCGGCAAGAUAAGCGACCAAGGGGCGUCCUACGGAGCGGAUGACCUGUCGACCACGGAGAACUCGAUGGUCACGUCCAGCGAGCUGCCGAAGCAGAUACCCGCGCCGCCCAGCAAAGUCCGAGGACGAGUGCUGAUGGUGCAGACCACGCCGGUGCAGAGGUACGCGCUCAGGAGGACGGACAUCUUGCCGGGAUACGGCUUCACCGACGAAUGACCGCGAGGACUCGCGACGUUGGCUCGUCUCAGGAAUCUCACGGACCCGCUCACGAUUUCGAGCGCGAUCGCGUCACCGACGUCUUGGCGUCUCAUCGACGCGUCUCAUCCGGAAACGCACACACGCGUAUAUCAGCAACGACGAGCCUCGGAAACGGAGAAUAUCAGCCGAACGCGAUGAGAACGCAGAAUUCCCGAGCGAAUCGACGGUCUCGCGGACACCGCGGAAUUUUUGGCACGUUCGACGAGGAGCUAGCUGUGAUUGCACGGAAACGGGGGGAGAGAGAAACAAGCAAAAAAAAAAAAAAAAAAAACGCGUCUUCGCACUCGACGAGAGAGUUCAAUGCGGUUUAGCGCGGUUAAACUCGACGCCGAGAAGUACCGUACGGCCUCCGGCAUAAUUUAUGCUGAUUGUAACAACUUACGAUAAGAGAGCGCAUAACUCGUUAUUUAUAUAGAUUAAUAUAUGCUUGUGUAAUAUAGAGAGAGUCGACUAAUAUAGAAUUAAGAGAAUGCGAUAAUAUAUUAACUUGCAAUUGAGCAAUAAAUGAGCGAGAGAUCGAAUA